GCUGCGCGUCUGCUACUUCACAGAGAAACGUACGCCUCCUGUGAAUGCCGUGUCUAGAAUAGUGUUUGCGCCGAGUGAAGAGCAGCUUUGUUUUUAAGGUGAUCGUCGUGUCGAGAAGACUCACUUCGGAUCGAGGACUGUCUCGGAUGUCCACAGAUACGGAUCAAGAUGUUUUCUACCCAGAUCUACAUCUACAUCGCUAUAUUUCUAUCCACAGCUGUAGUUAAUAAUGUUUCUUCGAAAAAUGCAGUUUCAUUUCCGCAUAUCUUAUUGAAGCCACCGCUAUUAUUAGACACUUCUGGCUAUACAACAACCUAUGCCUGUGAAGGGAAGAUUCUGAAUAUUAUUUGUGACACUGGCAUGAUUACUUUGGUUCGAGCAAAUUAUGGUCGAUUCAGUAUUAGUAUUUGCAAUGACCACGGCAAUCUGGAUUGGCGAGUCAACUGCAUGUCUCAUCACUCUUUUCCAAUAAUGCAGGAAAGAUGCAAUAUGAAACCGAACUGUAGUGUGAAUGUGUCAAGUGCCACUUUUCAUGAUCCUUGUCCUGGAACUCUUAAAUACUUGGAAGUACAGUAUAAGUGUGGAACUGAUCAAGCCACAAGUGAUUUUCCCUUCCUGAAGUCAACUCAUCCAUCAAAUGCUACAGAAGGACCCAUGUACACCAAAUUGCAGACGGUGACUUACCGAUCUGUUUCAUCCAGCUUCUUGCCUUCUUUGCCAUCUCUACCAGUGCGUACUUCUACGGUUUCACCUUACCACUUUUAUAACGCAUCUUUUACAAAAAAUAAGGAUGAUGUUUCUGUAGAACAUGGUAUGACUACUAAAACUACAGAAGCUGUUCCUACUCAGUUAUCUGUCACAACUUUGCAAGCAUCUACAAUAUUUACGACUGCAGUGUACUCAAGAGAUCAGUAUUGUUCCCCUACAUUUUCUCGCGGAAUAAACUGGGGAUGGACCAAAGCUGGUAACAGUGCCGAAGCAAAAUGCCCUGAUGGGGCAGCUGGCAUGGCGAAAUGGCAUUGUAAGUCUAAUCCUGUACACUGGAGUUCAGAAGAACCUGAUCUACUUGAAUGUCAUUCUCUGUGGCUUGAAAAUUUAAAAGAAAGGAUGGAAAAUGGUGACUCGAUCAUAAGCGUGACAUCUGAUAUGGCGCACAUGUCAUUCGCAAAACCUUUAUUCAGUGAGGAUCUGAAAACCAUUGCGCAAUUGAUUCAGGAAGCCUUGUAUAAAAGUGUGAAUAGUAUGGAGAAUUUCUUGGAUACAUGGCAUCGAUAUCGUGUGCUACGAGAACUUCUACAA